AUGAAACAAGUAGCAGAGGAAUGGUUCAAAGUAACUGCUCUGCUAUGCAUAGCUCAAGCAGUUUCUUCCAUGGUACUUCCCAAUGCAACACUUUUUGAAAAGUUGCUGGAAAAAUACAUGGAUGAGGAUGGAGAAUGGUGGACUGCUAAGCAAAGAGGGAAAAGGGCUAUCACAGACAGUGAUAUGCAAAGUAUCUUGGAUCUUCAUAAUAAAUUACGCGGUCAGGUUUAUCCCCAAGCUUCAAAUAUGGAAUAUAUGACAUGGGAUAUAGAGUUGGAGAGAUCAGCACAAGCCUGGGCCGAGACAUGUCUGUGGGAACAUGGGCCUGCAGCUCUGCUUCCAUCCAUUGGACAGAACUUGGGAGCACAUUGGGGAAGAUAUAGACCUUUAACAUUUCAUGUCCAGUCAUGGUAUGAUGAAGUAAGAGACUUCAGUUAUCCAUAUCCUCAAGAAUGCAACCCUUAUUGCCCCUAUAGAUGUUCUGGCCCUGUGUGCACUCAUUAUACACAGGUGGUAUGGGCAACAAGUAGCAGAAUAGGCUGCGCUGUUAACUUGUGUCAUAAUAUGAAUGUCUGGGGACAGAUAUGGCCAAAAGCAAUUUACUUGGUGUGCAAUUAUUCUCCCAAGGGUAAUUGGUGGGGGCACGCACCAUACAAGCAUGGACGGCCAUGUUCAGCAUGCCCACCUAGUUUUGGAGGAGGCUGCAGAGAAAAUCUUUGCUACAAAGAAGAUUCAGAAAGGCUUUACUCUCCAGAGAUGGAAACCAAUGAGAUUGAACGGCAGCAGACGCAUGUUCAGGAUACCUCACAGAAUCAAUUAAGAUCACAUGCAUCUGUCUCUGAUGACAGUGAGAGAAAUGAAGUCAUAAGCACCCAACAAAUGUCUCAGAUUGUUUCCUGUGAAGUACGGUUAAGAGACCAGUGCAAAGGAACAACUUGCAACAGGUAUGAGUGUCCUGCUGGCUGCUUGGAUAGCAGUGCCAAAGUUGUUGGAAGUGUGCAUUAUGACAUGCAAUCAAGCAUUUGCAGAGCUGCAGUGCAUUAUGGCAUAUUAGACAAUGAUGGUGGCUGGGUUGAUGUUACCAGACAAGGAAGAAAACAUUAUUUUAUCAAGUCUUAUAGAAAUGGUGUUCAGUCACUUGGCAAAUACCAGUCUGCUAAUUCCUUCACUGUCUCUAAAGUUGCAGUGCAAGCUAUCACCUGUGAAACAACCGUGGAACAAUUGUGUCCAUUUUACAAGCCAGCCACACACUGCCCAAGGGUUUAUUGUCCUCACAACUGCAUGCAGGCAAAUCCACACUAUGCCCGAGUAAUUGGAACACGCAUUUAUUCUGAUGUAUCUAGUAUCUGUCGGACAGCUAUACAUGCUGGAGUAAUGCGCAAUGAAGGGGGGUUUAUUGAUGUUAUGCCAGUGGAUAAAAGACGGAUGUACAUUGCUUCAUUUCAAAAUGGAAUCUUUUCAGAAAGUUUACAGAAUCCUCCAGGAGGCAAGGCAUUCAGAGUGUUUGCGGUAGUUUGA